AUGCCUCAAUUACUCUCCCCGAUAGCCCUCCGGGCCCUGCGGACUCUCGUCAGCCGUCCAGCAACAACCCCCCUUCGCCGAACCCUCACAACCUCCACCCUCAAGACACCUCAAACCUCCCUCACCACCCGCUUCAACUUCACCCCCGUCUUCCGCACCUCUACACUCUCCGCUCUCUCCCUGCAAUCCUCCAAGCGCCGAUUCUCCAGCUCACCCAUUAUCCGCGCUACAUACAACCAGGUCCGCCGCGGUAUUCGCACUGGUCAGCGCGCGCGCCGGGGUCGGUCACCUGCGCUUGUUGGAACACCUGGACUUAAGGGUGUUUGUCUUAAGACUGGUAUUACCAAGCCUAAGAAGCCUAACUCUGGCGAGCGGAAGAUUGCUCGUGUGCGCUUGAGUUCUGGAAAGAUUAUUACUGCUUAUAUCCCUGGUGAAGGCCACAAUAUCCAGCAGCACAGUGUUGUUCAGGUUCGUGGUGGUCGUGCCCAGGAUUGUCCUGGUGUGAAGUAUACUCUUGUUCGUGGUGGUAUGGAUUUGGGUGGUGUUGGAAGCCGUAUGACCAGUCGUUCAAAGUACGGCACGAAGAAGCCCAAGACCAACUAA